UCCUGGCCCGGAGCCGGAGCCCCGCCGAGUCCGCCACCUCGCGUCACAGCCUCGCCCUCUGGACGCCGAGAGGGAAAAUACUCUCCUUGCGCCCUCGCUGCCUUGGAGGGUCCCCUGUGCUCAUCGGGAACAUGAGUGGUCGCGCCCGCGUGAGGGCCAGAGGCAUGGCUCGCAGCCCCAGCGCUGCGGAACCAGGGCGCACCUCGGCUCCGCCAUCGCCAUCGCCAUGGCCUCCAUCUGUUGAUACUGGUGACAAUGAAGCAUCCUCUACUAGUGGCUUCGUGGGAACAAGCAGGAUGUCCCAGAAAUGUGAAGAUAGUUUAUCUUCUGGUAAUGCCAGAUGCACUUUCAUUGAAAGAGGUGGGAAAAUCAGACGGGACUUCAUGGAUCUGGCUGUCUGUACCAGAGAGAAAUUGGCCCACGUGAGAGAUUGCAAAAGAGGCUCCAGUGGAGUACCAGUGAAACUGGUCACAAAUCUCUUUAGGUUAGACUUGCCCCAGGACUGGCAGCUAUACCAAUAUCAUGUGGCAUACGUCCCAGAUUUAGAAUCUAGAAGGCUGAGAAUUGCUUUGCUUUAUAGUCACAAGGAACUUUCCAACAAAACAAAAGCAUUUGAUGGCGUCAUCCUUUUUCUCUCGCAAAAACUGGAAGAAAAGGUCACGGAACUGUCAGGUGAAACUCCGAGAGGCGAGACUGUCAAGAUCACUGUCACUCUGACAAGGGAGCUGCCGGCCAGUUCCCCCGUGUGCACCCAGGUCUUCAAUAUCAUCUUCAGAAAGAUCUUAAAAAAGUUGGCCAUGUACCAAAUCGGACGGAACUUCUAUAAGCCUUCUGAGCCAGUGGAAAUUCCCCAGCACAAGUUGUCCCUUUGGCCUGGGUUUGCUAUUUCUGUGUCACAGUUUGAAAGCAGUCUCCUAUUUACUGCUGACGUGAGUUAUAAAAUACUCCGGAAUGAGACUGUUCUAGAAUUCAUGACUCGUAUCUACCAAGAGACUGAUACGUCCUGCUUUACCCAGACGUGUGAAAAACAGCUGCUUGGGCUCAUUGUCCUAACAAGAUACAAUAACAAAACCUAUCGCAUCGAUGACAUUGACUGGUCGGUGAAGCCCACGCAUACUUUUCAGAAGCGGGACGGCACUGAGAUCACCUACGUGGAUUACUAUAAACAGCAAUAUGAUAUUACUUUAUCUGACCUGAACCAGCCAGUGCUCGUGAGUCUGCUGAAAAGCAAGAGAAAUGACAACACAGAGGCUCGGGUGGCCCACCUGAUCCCCGAGCUUUGCUUUCUAACAGGACUGACCCGCCAGGCAACCUCUGAUUUCCAGCUGAUGAAGGCGGUGGCUGAGGAAACGCGUCUCAGCCCUUUGGGAAGGCAGCAGCACCUGGCCAGGCUUGCUGACGACAUUCAGAGAAACAAGGAUGCUCGUUUUGAGCUGGAGACUUGGGGGCUGCAUUUUGGAUGCCAGAUGUCUCUGACUGGGAGGGUUUUGCCUUCAGAAAAAAUAUUAAUGCAAGACCAUGUAUGUCAGCCUGCAUCUGCUGCCGAGUGGUCCAAGGACAUGCGGAAUUGCAAGAUUUUAAGUGCACGGUCUUUGACUAAAUGGUUGAUUGUAUGCAGCCACAGAGAUGAAAAUGUGACCGAGGACUUUCUGCACUGCUUGAGAAGAGCUGGAAGUGCCGUGGGAUUUAAUGUGGACUACCCCAAAAUCAUGAAAGUACAAGAAAAUCCAGCUGCAUUCCUCAGCGUUCUACAGAAACAUGUGGAUCCUCACGUUCAGUUGGUAAUGUGCAUCCUGCCUUCCAAUCAGAAGAGCUACUACGAUUGCAUUAAAAAAUACCUGAGCUGCGUCUUCCCGGUGCCGAGCCAGUGCGUGCUCGCUCGGACCUUGACCAGGCAGGGAAUGAUGAUGAGCAUUGCCACCAAGAUCGCCAUGCAGAUGGCCUGUAAACUCGGAGGCGAACUGUGGGCCGUCGAGAUCCCUUUAAAGUCCCUGAUGGUGGUUGGUAUUGAUGUCUGUAAGCAUGAAUUCAGCAAGGGAAUGGUGGUGGUUGGAUUUGUGGCCAGUAUUAAUCCCGGAAUCACCAGGUGGUUUUCUCGCUGUACCCUUCAGAGAACAACGACUGACGUUGCUGACUGCUUAAAAGUUUUCAUGACUGGAGCGCUCAACAGAUGGUACAAACAGAACCAUGCUCUGCCCGCACGGAUCAUCGUCUACCGGGACGGCGUAGGGGAUGGCCAGCUGAAAACACUGAUCGAAUACGAAGUUCCACAGCUGCUGAGCAGUGUGACCGAAGCAAGUUCAAAUACCAGCACCAAACUGUCCGUGAUUGUGGUCAGGAAGAAAUGCUUGCUGCGAUUCUUCAUGGAGCUGAACCGGUCGGUGCAGAACCCACCGCUGGGCACCGUGGUGGACUCUGAAGCCACGCGUCCUGAAUGGUACGACUUCUACUUGAUCAGUCAGACGGCCAGCCGGGGAACGGUGACUCCCACCCACUAUAAUGUCAUCUAUGACAACAAUGGCUUGAAGCCCGACCACAUGCAGAGACUUACCUUCAAACUGUGCCACGUGUACUACAAUUGGCCGGGCUUAAUCAGUAUCCCAGCUCCCUGUCAGUACGCGCACAAGCUGACCUUUCUGGUGGCACAGAGCAUUCACAAAGAGCCGAGUCUGGAAUUAGCCAACUCCCUCUUCUACCUGUGACACCGGGAACCCCGGGCAUCCCUGCACGAGCAGUCCAAGGACUAGCUGGAUUUUGUACAAACCUGCCUCAAGUGCGAGGCUGUGACCGGGGAAAAGAGAUGGAGCUUCUGGAAAAACACCCAGCACAGCUUAAUCUGAAAUGGUUCAAAAGAAAUGUACAGUGUUUUAUUUCAAAGAGUUUUAUGCUUGCGGUAAAUUCUCGUCCUGGUAAAUGGAAUUAAAAUGUACCAUCAUCUGUAAGCAAUUCCACAGAGCUGAAUAUCCUCUAAGAAAAUAAGUGUCUGCAAGAUGUUUUUGGUGCUAGGGAAAUGGGGUCUAAUUCCCACCCUAAAUUUUGUUGACGUUUUGUUAAAUAAUAUUGUAGAACAUUUUGUAGAGUGCUUCCAAUAGUUAUUGGAAAAUAAAGAA